CAUUGUUAAAUACCGCAGAGGUCGCUGAUACCGCAGUCUGUGAGAGAAAGUCGUCGGACAAAAAACAUUUUAAAUACUAAUACCAGUUAACUAAAAUGAGCGUAUCAGUCACUCACACCAUUUCUAAGAAAAACGAUGGUAAUAAAGUUGUUCGGCGGCAACGGGUUUAUGAUUACUUGUAUGAUCCGGUUUACACGGUGUCAUCGGAGGUGGACCAUGUCAGGUCCAGCCUCAACGCCUAUGCGUCCAGGGACCGAGUAAGGAGAGUGCCUGAGUUUGGGUCUAUGUUCAGUAACCUGUCCCACCACCCACGGUAUACUUUUCAACUGGACCCUGUAGACCCAGUACCGGCCUCUGUUGAUCGUCACUGGCGAGGCCACGCGGAACAUCGCAAAGAGUCACUGCAGCAGCUGGCUGGGAUUAUUCCAGAUGCUCAGUCAUGGCUGAAAAGAGAGGAGUGCCAUGUGACCGGUGCUGAUCGCUGGAAAUACUUUAAACGGCCUCAGAUUCCCUUUGCACAGCAGGUUCCCCCGGAUGUGAUUUUUGCUUUGCCGAGAGAAGAUUUUGUAUCCUCUGGUGGAAACAAUGCUGACCCACAGCCGACCCACUUCACCGUGGGGGUUCAGACCGACUACAGGGAAAGUGAAACACAGACAGACCCGUACAGCCCUGAGUAUGUGGUACAACAUGGGACAACUCCCACUGAGCUCCUGCAACUGGCAGCUUUGACUUGGGGUCGUGGUCUGCCUGCAGGCCUAGCAGAAGUGGAAAUGAUACAGCGGGCACGUGCUAAACGAGCAUGGGAGGCCACCCUUCCUCCAUUGCAUGACCUCAGUCAGCUGGACAAAAGGAGACGUAUGAUGGAGGAGAUGGAGGUCAAAGAGUGGGCUUUCAGAGAGGGAGAAAUCCAGAAGUUACAAGAGGCUCGUCUUGCUGUGCUGAAGGACCUCUUGAGGAAGAGAGAUGGGGCCCAGAAAGAAGUUACAAGCGAGAGACUGAACCAGAUAUAUUCAAAACACCAAAAAGACAAGGACACCAAGCUACACAAGAUUCACAAUGACUACAUGAGGUCACUGAGAAAACUGGAAGCUAAGAGGAGAAAUAUGGAGGGGAAGCUGGAGCGACCUGGCAUUGUCAGAGACUAUCUAGAGUCUACGAGUGCCCCUGGGGCCCGCAGGGACAUGUUCAGCAAAAGCCAAUACUUAGACACAUAUGAAGGCUUACUAAAGCUGGAGGCAGGACUCUCAGCCACAGUCCUCAAGCCACAAGUGGAAAGACCCAAAGUCAACACCAUCAAGGAUGUGCUCAAGCCCCGUGUAAACAAAGCGGUAGAACUGAUGGAGAAAUACAAGUCAAUGAAGGAGAAGAGCGAGCAAGCCAGAGAGAAGUCCUUGCGUUUUCUUGUCAAGAAGGAGAAGACUGUUCCUCGUCCUGUCACUCCCAGAGUGGAGGAGCCACCAGAGGGGGAUGAGGAGAUAGAGCUCGCAGUCAUCCACUUGCAGAAACUACUGAGAGGAAGAAGUAUCCAAUGCGAGAUGUUUAUGGGCAAGGAGAACCAUCUAGAGCUCAUCCAGGAACUCAGGACUGUCCACGCCCUGCAGAAGGAGGAGCAGGAGCUACAAAACGCUGACAAAGGACUUGUUAUGACCCUGAAAAAACAGAGAGACGAACAUAGACACAAGACCUCUCAAGAGGAGGCGUCUCAGGCCAGAGUGGUAGGUGCAGAGCUCGAACACCUGUUCGACACUUUGUCCAAGGAGCUGGUUCAUCUGCAAGAAGAGCGCAGGAUCCAUGCCUUCACACUACUGGCUGAGAGAGACCGCCGCUUACGAGAGGCUGAGGAGAGUGGAAGGAGACAAGUGGAGGAGCACCGACGCAGAGAAGAAGAUGAGAUCUUCAGACAAGUGGUGCAGGUACAACAGGAAACUGUGGAUUUGUAUUUGGAGGACAUCAUCCUAGGGACCUUGGAGCAGACAUCCAACCAGCAGGCCAGAGAGGAGAUCCGCAGGAGGGCUAAGGAGGUCAAUGACAUUGCUUACGCCAUGGAGGAAAGCCGGGAGAGUCUUCAGUCGGAGGAGAUUGUGUCAGAGUUGGUGUACAGUUUCCUUAUCCCAGAGGUCGAGAAGAUCAGUGUCAGACAAAGAGUGCACCAGAGGCAGCAUAGACACUUGCAGGCAGCUCAUAAUAUAAUUCAGGGGACUGCAGAGCAUUCCGGGGCCCCUCGUAGUACUCUGGGAGCCUCACAAUCUACCUGUCCUUCUGAAAGAGCCUCUAAUCGACUCCUAGAGGAGAUGAGCCUAGUGGAGCAGCACCACACUAAAACUGAGUAAAGGAUUGUCGAUAUAAAAAGUGUACUGAGAUGCAGUCUGAUGUCUAUAUUUGUUGUCCACUCCUGAGAUUAAAGUAGAAGUUUCCCAUCA